AUGGCCGAGCAACAGAACCCCGUUCAGGUCCCCGAGACUACCCCCGCCGUCACCGAACCCGUUGUCGAGCUCCCCUCCGAGUCGAAGCCCGCUGAGACCACCGAGGCCGCUCCCGUCACAACUGAGGCCCCCGCCACCACGGAGACGCCUGCCACUGCCACCGAUGCCCCCGUUGAGACUCCCGCUGCUCCUGCUGAGGAGAUUGCCGCUGUUGCCACUGAGGAGCCCAAAAAGGAGGAGGUCACGCCUGUCGAGGAGGGCACCCUUGAGCACAAGGGCCUCAACUUCCCCAUGAACUUCAUCUACUCGAAGCAGUUCUUCUGGUUUGGCUCCGACGCGAUCGAGGCUAAGAGCCUCUCGAACUAUCGCCGCAAUGAGAAGUCAGUUGAGGCCGGCCAGCACAACUCUGCCUGGGCUAGCCACACUGGCAAGGGCCUUCUCUUCUUCGGCGCUGACAAGGCCGUUCCCACUGGUGUGAUCAACCUUUCUGAUGCCAGCGAGCCUGUUGCCGAGGGCGCAGCCAAGUUCCACUUCAACGCCAACGGUCACAAGUACGGUUUCAAGGCCGCCAACACUGCCGAGCGCGACAACUGGGUUGCCCAGCUGAAGGUGAAGAUCGCCGAGGCCAAGGAACUCGCCACGUCUGUUCCCGAGUCCGAGACCUACAAGGCCACCCGCGAGAGCUUCAAGCCUGCUGUCCCCGCCAAGAAGGAGGGCGACAAGCCUGUCGAGGCUCCCAAGGAGGAGGCCACUGCUCCUGCCGAGGCCGCUGCCCCUGCCGAGGUGACCUCCGCCACUGACGUGGCUCCGGCCGCCGUUGCCACUGAGACCGAGGCUCCCAAGGAGCCUGCCAAGGAAGAGCCCAAGCGCCGCUCUGCCAGCCGCAAGCGCACCAGCAUCUUCGGUAGCUUUCUGGGAAAGAAGGAGGAGAAGAAGGAGGAGAAGCCUGUUGAGGCCGAGACUCCUGCUGCUGAGGCCCCCGCUACCGAGGUCGCUGCCCCUGAGGCUACCUCUGAGGCUGUUGCCGAGCCCGCCGCCGAGGCUCCCGCUGAGAACACCGAGGCUCCUGAGCCCAAGGAGCCUGUUAAGCCCGCUCACAUCAAGCGCCACAGCCUUUUCGGUGGUCUGCUCGGAAAAAAGGAGAAGAAGGUUGCUGAGCCUGAGGUUGCUGCUGCUCCUGCCAAGGACGCUGAGCCUGCCCCUGCUGCCGAGUCUGCUCCCGUGAUCCCUCCUGUCGAGACCACCACUCCCCUCAGUGUCGACGCCAGCACCCCCGCCACCGUCCCCACCGAGACCACCGAGGUUGCUUCUGCCACUAACGCCGAGGCCAAGAAGGAUGCUGUCAAGGCCGAGAAGCGCAAGUCUUCUCUCCCAUUCGCCUUUGGCAAGAAGGACAAGUCCCCUGUCACUUCGGAUGAGGAGGGCGACAAGGCUGAGAAGACCAGCGCUUUCUCCAAGCUGCGUGCUACGAUUAAGGGUCGUGUCAAGUCCCCUGCCCUCGAGAAGGCCGCUGAGAAGGCUGAGAAGACCGAGGAGACCACCGAGUCCAAGGCUGAGGAACCUGCCGUUGAGAAGCCCGCUGAGGAGAAGCCCACUGAGACUGCCGAGGAGGAGGUCAACAAGCCCGAGUCGGCUGCUGCCACUGCUCCUGUCGUCACUGCUGCCGCCUAA